UCUCUUAUUUAAGAGACGGUUAUUAACUUUUCUUAGUUAAAAUCUAAGAAAAACUAAGAACCGUCUCUUAGCCGAAGCUAAAAACUCCGGUUAAGAGACCAAAACUAAUGAUGGUCUUAGUUAGAGAUUCAGGAUUCAUUCGGAUACUUAGAAAGUUCAAUUCGAUUCAUGUUUGUUUUUUUUUGUUCUCAGUUCUGUUCGGGUAUCAAAGUUAAGAACCGUUUAAUAUCCGAAAUAUUUUUGGAUCUCAUUCAAUUCCGUUUUGCUGUAAGUUUAGGUAAAAAUCAGAAAAUUGAGAAUUUUCAGAUUAAAUAUCAAUUUUUGGAUUUUUGAAUAAAAAUUAGGAUAAUUCGCAUAAUUUAAAACAUUUGGAUAAAAAAUAUUAUAGUAAUUUUUUGGGUAUUUUGGUUUAUAAGUAAUUAUCUGAUUAUUUUAAAGGCUUAUUAGCGAUAUAACCAUAUCUGAAUGAUAAAUUAAGUAAUUAACACUGAUUUUGACAUAAUUCAGUUUCAGGCUUUUUGGUAUUUGAAUUAUUAUUUAAACCGAACUGAAGUAUGGUACGGAGACGAAUUGGGGAUAAACCAAACCGGUUCUAGGGUAAUUAAAAUACCGUACGUAGAUGCAAAAGAAAAGGAGAGACGUAGCAAGUUAGGUCGUUUGCAAAAAACAGAAACUAUCAGCCUCUCACCUAACAGCUUCUCUCUACCUUCACCCACGUGUCUUCUUCGCGAAAGACAUGGCCUUAUUGUAUGGUUGCGUCAAAGAAACAUGCAUUCUCCAUUGAAAACGAAGACGAAGUUAGUAAUAAUCACACACUCAUACCAUCAGAGCCAAUAGAGAGAGAGAGAUCUGAAAGAUGAAGGCGGAGAAGAGUCCGAUUCAGACCGUGAUGUCGUGGAUUCGCCGGCAGCCACCGAAGGUAAAGGCGUUUCUUUGUGUGGUUACGGCAAUGACGAUCCUCGUCUUCCUCAGGGUCAUUGUACACGAGCACGACAACCUUUUCAUCGCUUCCGAGGCUGUCCAUGCCGUUGGGAUCUCCGUUCUUAUCUACAAACUCACCAAGGAGAAGACAUGCGCUGGGAUAUCUCUCAAGACACAGGAGCUAACGGCUUUGUUUCUGGCCGUGAGAUUGUAUUGUAGCUUUGUAAUGGAGUUUGAUCUUCACACGUUACUUGAUUCUGCCACGUUGGCGACGACCCUUUGGGUCAUCUAUAUGAUCCGGUUCAACCUUAGACCGACGUAUAUGGAAGACAAAGAUAACUUUGCCAUCUACUACGUUGUAGUCCCAUGUGCUGUUGUGUCUUUGCUCAUUCAUCCAUCUACACGUCAUCACAUCAUAAACAGGCUCUUUUGGGCCUUCUGUGUUUAUCUUGAAGCUGUUUCAGUUCUUCCUCAAUUAAGGGUCAUGCAGAACACUAAGAUCGUGGAACCAUUCACAGCACAUUACGUAUUUGCUUUGGGAAUCGCUAGGUUCUUGAGUUGUGCACACUGGAUCCUUCAGGUGUUGGAUACGAGAGGGAGGUUACUGACUGCAUUAGGGUAUGGACUAUGGCCUUUAAUGGUCCUUCUCUCUGAAAUCAUCCAAACUUUCAUCCUUGCAGAUUUCUGCUAUUACUAUGUUCAGAGUUUAAUGGGUGGACAGCUCGUUCUGCGUCUUCCUUCUGGUGUGGUAUAAGGAGCUUUGUGAAAUGGAUUGCUUGAGCUUGUAUGGAUGUUUAAACUUUUAAUUUUAUUAGAGACUUUGUGAGAUGUAAUUUAAAAUUUUUGCUAGCAAAGAAGUCUUGGCUAGAAUUAGUACUUUUUAUAAUAAUGGUAAUUCUGAUC